CGUCUUUCGUUUUGGUGUUGUUUCGGUUCGUUUAGCCUAGUUGGCGCUGACAGGACAAUUUUCUUAUCAACAUUUAACAAUCUAAACUUUAAUUUCCAGUUACGAAUGUAAUUUGUUUUUGAUUUAAUACAUUGCUACACGCUAGUUAAUUAUUGGUUGUCAGAUGUAUUCAGAAUAAUCCAAAAUUGAUUUGUUUACCUAACACUUUUUAUUUGGGCCUAUGCUUCCUUUUAAACUAAGAGUUUUAAGCACUAAAAGAAUACCUCGUUGGUAUAUUUGUCCUUAUAAAAAUGAAGAAAAGUAACUCAAUACCAAGCUUAUUAACUGAACUAAACGGUAAUAUUGAAAACUAUUUACUUGACAACAAGAUAAAAACAAGAAAAGGAGCUAGUCCUGGAUUGUGGCUUUGUUUUGUCUUGCCAACGUCAGUAAUUCUUGGAAUUUGGAAUUACCCAGACUGUGGUUAUUUCUACCGAUCAGCAACAUGUCUGAGUGUUGGCUUGCUACUCAACUCCUUAUCGAUAAUUUUUCAAGUUCAUCAUUCUACUCAGUUCCGUACUAUUUGUUGUGUAAUCAACUCCAUCACUACCACACUAUUGCUACAUUACUUCACUGAGCAUAGUAUAGUUUUCACAGUGGUCCUUGGGAUAUUCAGUAGUUUCGGAUUCAAUAAACUACUUGUUCUUUCUCUGCAACUGUGUCCGCAAACAUUUACAUUUGGAGAAGCAGCUGUGGUCGUGGAAGCUGCAAUCCUUUUCAUUGCUUCUGUUGUUGCAAUGCUCUUCACAUUCACACCAGUUACAUGCAUCGAUAUAUCAACAAAGAUAUUGCAGGUAGGUAUGACGGGGCUGAUGAUCUUCUGUGGUUGUGUCUACAACUUCCCUCGGCUCAGGAAGCCCAUGGAGUUCUACUCUUGUCUUGCUGCAGUUCUGGUGAUCAUUGUCGUCUUGCUGCAUGUCUUGUUGAACUUCAGUUCUGUUUUGUGGAUUUUCUACUUGGCGACAGAAGAUAUUCUCACUCUAAAGCUGGUUGCCUCGUGGGUGUUGGCAAGUGUUGUGGCCGUAGUGGCAGCCAUGACACAGGUGAAGGGGGGCCGCAAGGCGUCCACCAUCGUCAGAAAGUACUUCCACCUGCUAGCUGUGGCUGUCUAUCUGCCGGGACUCUUGUUGAACCCUUGCUUGCUCUACCUGGCAAGCGGAAUAAUAUUUGCCAUUUUUGUUGGUCUUGAGAUAGUGAGGGUGGCCAAGGUAGCGCCAGUAGCUGAGGUGUUGGACUCUGUGUUCCUCACAUUCGUAGAUGAAAAGGACGCAGGUCCCGUGGCUCUAACUCCACUGUGUCUGAUGGCGGGUGUGUCUGCCCCGCUGUGGCUACACCCAGCUCCUGCAUCAUCCCCAGACUCCCUCCCCCCUCUGCUGGCGGGGCUACUGUCAGUAGGCGUGGGUGACACGGCAGCCUCUGUGUGCGGCUCGUUGUUCGGUCGUCACAAAUGGCCAGAUUCUCAAAGGACUAAAGAAGGGUCUGCAGCUUGUUUUAUCUCCCAGUUGUUCUUCGUCAUAGCCAUGAUACAUUUCGGUUAUAUUCCAAGAAACAACCUGUUACAGCCGAUAGUUGCGAUUUCCGCUGUCUCUUGGGUUGAAGCUACAACAGACCAAAUUGAUAACCUUGCCCUACCUCUGCUCAUGUACAUAUUAAUGUUAUAAGGUAGACUAACGUCCUAGUCAAUGUUGUAAAGACAACAAAAACCAGUGAGGGAAACAUUCCCAAAAAAUAUUUAUUUUAGCUACUCAUGCGUAGCCUAUGUAGUCCUAAGGUGAGAUUAACUAGUUACUAAGGUGGGUGAAACUAAACAAUAUAUUGUAUUGCAAAGUAUGUAAACAGAUACAGAAUACGUCGUAAUCAGUCUAAUGCUUCACGAAAAUUUAACUACGAUCGAUAAUAGCUUAUUUUGCCCAAAGAUCUGAAAGAAUUGACACACCUGGAAAUGUGUUUCAAUUAGGAGUCCCAGCUGAAAUGUUUCAGCCAAGACGCAAAAGCCAUUUUUUAACACAUGAAAAACAAGAAUGCUACAUUCUGUAAGAAUGCUAUAAACUUGUAAAAAAGCAAUCUCAGACAAAAAUAGUUUACUAAGUAAUAAAAUACUAAUCACACCAAUUUUUAAGGUUUUCUGAAAUAAUUAUUUAGCGACAACGACAAUAUGUACAAAUAACGUAGGUAUAGUUCGGCCGCUUAGAAAGCGACCUCUAGCAUUGGUUAGCAUUAGCGCGCAGGUCGUUUUCUAAGCGGCGGAACUAUAGUCAACACCAUGUUGGUUGACAUCUGGAAAUACCUAACCAUCAUAGUGGGGUGAAACAUUCUUAGCCUAACAAACUUUUCAUCUUUAGGCAUCUAAAAAAGUAAUAGUUGUAUAGUUUUGAAGAUUUUUAUGAUUUUCAGGCAGCUUGGUU